AUGAAUUUUUAUGAAGUAAUAGAGCACGAGGAUAACUACGUAGUGAUGAAGGUGAGUAAGGAAUAGUUCUUGAUGUUCUAAUCAAUGAUUUAAUCCUAAAUGACCAAUGAAGUAAAUUAAGUAGAUGGAGUAUCUCAAGACUUCUCAAGAAGAAUCGUGCCAUUUUUUAUGAAUCAAUUUUCAAUUUGGGCUAAGCAAACCAACGAUAACAGUCUGGCCAGCGUCAGUACUAUUUUAUAGAAGUUGAAAGAUGAGAAGAGGUCAAAUCAAAAGAAAUUCGAAUUAGGAGAUCUUAAGAAAAUUUUUAAUCCCAAGAACUCCAAGAAGUAUAAAUUAGUCAAAGAAGCUUGGGAAGCUUUCUUGUCCUCGAGGCAUAUCAGGGAUUGCAUUUAACGAAACCAAAAAACCAAACCAGGUUCAAGAAUACAAUACAUGGUAGCAAUCUAGAUCUUAAUAAACGAGUUGUAAAGACCAUUUCCUUACGAUAAAUUCCUAUCCAAAUAUAAAAAAGCUUAUCAAAAUAGAAUACUGCCAGCAGAAUAUAUUCAACCAUUCUCAGAAUUUUGCAGUUAGAGUAUGUAUUAAGAGGAUGAAAAUUCAACUAUUUUUAUAUUAGGUGGUUCAUGUUGA